AUGGCGAAGAUCCCAGACUUUGACGACCUUCCUGAGGUCAAGGACAUGCCAAAAGGCUGCGCCUGGGGACUCUGGGACAAAGACGGCAAGAAAGACGUCUACGGCACCCUCAACCUCCUAACACCGGAAGUCAUCAAAGCAGCCUACUCCGAAGCCAAAGAAGGCGUGCACGUCUCCCUCAACUGGCCCAUCGGGGCCAUCAAAACCCCUGGUUUCGGCCGCAAAGGCCUCGUCCACAAAGUCAUCGACUUCAAAGAAUCCCCCUUGCAAGCCCACGGCUACGACGACGAGAUCGAGUUCAACACCCAAUGCAGCUCCCAAUGGGACUCGCUCGUCCACUUCCACCACCAACCCUCCGGAUGCGGAUACAACGGCACCAAAACCAACGCCGAGCAGCUCACGCAAAGCUACGACUCCGACUGGGACUCUGACCAGAACCUCCCCACGCUCAACCACUGGCACCAGCGCGGCGGCAUGGUCGCCCGCGGCGUCUUCAUCGACUUCAAAAAGUACGCCGACGAAACCGGCCGCGCCUUCAACCCCUACGACGCCGACCAGAUCUCCAUCGACGACAUCGAGACCAUCGCCAGGAAGCAGGGCGUCGAGUUCAAACUCGGCGACGUGAUCAUCAUCCGCUCCGGCUUCACCGAGGGCCUCACGAACGUCUCCGGCGAGAAGCAGGCCGAGCUCAUGGGCUCCCACCGCGUGUGCGGCGUCGUCGGCAACGAGGACUCCGCCCGGUGGUUCUGGAACAAACACUUCUCCGCCGUCGCCGGGGAUAUGAUCGCGUUCGAACACAUCCCUCCGAUUCUCGAGGACGGUAGGGAAGGGGUUGUGUCGGAGUUGGUGCUGCAUCAGUAUUUCCUGGGCUUGUUCGGGAUGUCGAUCGGCGAGCUGUGGGAUUUGAAGGCGCUGUCGGAGACGUGUGAGCGGUUGGGGAGGUAUUCGUUUUUGUUGACUAGUGUGCCCUUGAAUGUGCCUGGGUCGAUUGGGAGUCCGCCGAAUGCGUUGGCGAUUUUUUAG